AUGGGCCAGUCGGCGUCCCAGAAUGCGCUGUCGUCGCACACGACGGCCAACAAGCCCGACUGCUUCAGCGACGAAGAACUAAACAACCUGAAGCGCCUCUUCGACCAGCUCGCGCGGCGGUCGCCGAACGCGACCGUGGACCUCGAGCACUUCCUCGAGUUCUUCGCGACGCUGCCCGGGCUCCACGGGGACCAGCUCUUCAUCGCCUUCGACCGCAAGAAGGCCGGCGCGCUCGACUUCGACGACUUCGUCGCGGGCAUGGCGCGCGCGUGCCGCGGUACAAGACAUUCCAAAAUCCGCCUCCUCUUCGACAUGUACGACCUGAAGCGCGACGGCGAGGUGUCCCAGGCGGAGCUGCGGGCGCUCGUGAACCACCUGCCCCGCGAGGAGCUCGACGAGGCCUGCGGCGACUCGCGGCGGGGCGCGAAUUCGUCGCCCGGCGCGCCCGCGACGCGGAAGAAGCGCCGGUCCUUCCUCGACUUCACGAACGACGACGUCGCCGACAAGGCCUUCGACGAGUGCGACGCGAACCACGAGGGCAAGCUGGACCUCGCCCAGUUCGAGGUCUGGGUCGGGAAGACGCCCGGCGUGCUCGAAUUCUUCGACGCGUCGAUGGCCCAGGCCGUGUCGUUCGGCGCCGCUCUCAACCACCGGAGCAAGAGCGACGAGAACCUCGCCGGCGCGCGGAAGCGGCCGUCCUUCCAGAAGUCGACGAGCUUCGGGGCGCUCGCGCCCCUGGGCGAGGGCGAGGUGCUCGAGGGCCCGUUGUGGAAGGUCGGCGCGACGCUCAGGGCAGGACAAGGGUGA